GGACGCCGUGCAGCAUCACUUCCUUUACGACCCUUCCCUAUUUAAAGGCCGGUGUGGAGCCAGAGGGGCUUCAGUAGGGGAUUAAAGUCAAAGUCCUCGCACCCUUCACACCAGAGGCUCACCCACUGACCGACUGACGAGCUGGAAAGCUCUGGAUGUUUCCGUGAAGAUCCCCACAGGCUAUAAAGGCUGAGAUACGGAUUUUUGUUCACAAUUAUCUGGGAAGCGUAACUUUGCAAGCCAGGAGUUUUUAAGAUUUAAGUCGAAAUUUGGAGCCAACAAAAGUUGAAGAUUUGCUCGGACAGAUAAAUGUUUGACUUUUUUUCUUCACACUAGACUUCUGAACAAAACCAGAGCAAUUUUGAGAGAUUCUGAGAAUUCUUAAGACUGGAAACUGUGCAACACAUAGACAACUCCUGCAAAGGCUUAUUACAGUUCUCUAACAGCAGAGUCGAUUUCUGCAGUAUUAGGGAAGACAAGAAAAAUACCAAUUUCUGGAAAGCGUAUUCUCUAGAAUCAUUUCACCAUGAGUAGCAGCGGGACCACGACAGUUAAACCACAGGAGCCUCCUGCUUUCAAACGGGCAGUACGCAAGAUAAAAUGUGCCGCUAUGGUGGCCAACUUAGCCAAAAGUUGGCAGGGCUGGGCCAACGAACACUCCAACAAGCAGGACGCCAUCCCGAGCGGCUGGAUGCCGUCAUCUGUUGAAGAGGCAGACACAAGAGAGCGUACCCAUCAGACUAAACUUACCAUCACCCCGCGUGUCAUCGCAGUUGAUGCCGUGAGUGGGAGUAAGAUCCGAACUGGUUCUGUGAUAAAGACUGUCAAGCCAAAGCGCAGCGAGUGCAGCAGCAACGAUUUGGUCAACGCCAUCCGAGGCAAGAUGGAGUCAGGCCCCGGAGAGAGCAAGCCGUUCCUUGGCAAUGAGUCGCCAACACGGCGGCGCCAGAUGAGGGCGCUACAGAGCUCAGGAGGAGGAGGACUAAUCCAAGACAGAAAGCUUUUGCUUCAGGAGAAGAAGGAGGGGUCGAGGAGCAGCAGUGUUGACACAGAGGACAGCGGGCUGGGAGAUGAGGCCAGCCUCAGUGACAACAGCGAAUCAAAAUCUGAGCAGGGCGACAUUCUGCCCAAGAAACACACCAGCAGGCCCAAGAUUAAGAUUGCCACUACGGGCGACAUCAAAAACCGUUGGCAGCAGUGGUCUGAGCAGCACAUGGUGGGCCAGAAACUCAACCCCUUCAGCGAGGAGUUUGACCACGAGUAUGCCAUGGCCCAGCGCCUCCGCAAGGGCGACUCCGGCUAUGGUCGACCCAAAGACGGCUCCAAGACGGCAGAGAGGGGCGACAGGGCCCAGAAACACAUCCACAGGGAGAUGGAGGAGAUGGUGUGGAUUAUCAGAGACAUGGGCAUAAAGGACAAAGAGGGGAGGACCAUCAUUACCUUUGGUCGGCUCUUUGACCGCUACGUGAAGAUCUCGGAUAAGGUGGUGGGCAUCGCGCUGCGCUGCCGCAAACACAAGAUGUUGGACUUUGAAGGGGAGAUGCUGUGGAAAGGACAGGACGAUGAUGUCAUCAUUACAUUGAGGGACUAAGGACAGAUGUUACAUCUUAUGAACAUUCACACAUGCAAACACGCCUACAGCACCUGCACACAAUGCCACAACCACAAUGCCACAUUGUGCGAGCGAGAAAAAUGGAAGAAUGUUUGGAAGAGACAAAAUAAUACGGCAAGAGUAUAAUGUUCAAAUAAUAUGUAAGAUAACACACACAGCUUCAGGGAUGGACAUGCUGGAAGGAAACUGUAGUUUUAUCAGUUAUCAGUAGUCAAAUUUAAAUUUAAUGUACAUAAAUUAUUAAAGGACAUGUGACUGUGCAUGUGGAGGCUGCACACACACUAAGACACACACACUGUUUCUCACAGCAGACUCAUUAGUUCUUCUCAUAUACCUGACAGGUCAUCCGGUGAAAGGAAGCUAUCUUUAGCAUGCUAACCAUGCUCGCCUUGCUAACUAUGCUGCUACAUGCUGGAGGCCUCAAGCAUCCACCACAAUGCCAGUCACGCUGGACAUCUUCACCGAGUCUCUGGCUGAGGAAACUUUGAGUAGCCAUUAUGUUAUCCCUCAUGGAUAAUAUUUUGGACUUUCUUGGUGUUUUAGACGGACUUAAUGGUAACAGGACAGAAAACCAGAUAAAUGUUCCCUGCAGGAUUUUAUUGUUUGUUUUUUUUGUCCUAUUUUGCUCAAUCUUGGUGGUGUGGAGGACAAAAAAAAUGACAAUAUAUAAACAAAUAAGUAAAUAAAUGGAAAAAAAUCAUUUUAAAAAUAACUAA